AGAAACCUCGAUUUCUCAGAAUAAACUUCUAUAUCCAUAUUUUGCCAAAAUGAAUAUCCAAUAUUCAACUAAGCAGUAUAUAGGAUUACCCCUUCCUAACCUCUACUUAAAGCAUCGUACAGGAGUCUUUACCUAUCGAAUAGGGGCCGUCUCUCGUCGCUAUACAAAAUGAGUAACCACAUGAAAUUUGAAGUCAUCAAGUAUUCCGAUGUUCAAUAUGACAUAGAGGGACAAAAAUUAGAUUUUCAUGAUGAGUUGAACACACAAAAAUUCAAUACAUCUUCAUACCGGUGGGAUUACACAUGGGCAAUGAACAUACCAUCCGAACUACCAUAUUCAUUCCAAAGAUGGCUACCUCUAAUUCUCGCCAGCCGUUCCCUUUCGCCUUCUGAUGUUCAAACUGUCACUCUUGGCAACCCAGAGGUCUGUUUGCUCGAAAAAAUAGCUAAAACAUCUGUCACUUCCCGGGAAAUUGAUGGGGCGUAUGAAGAUAAGGUCAAAGAAAAGAUCGCCCCUCUCUUUUCGACACUAGAAUUUCCUCCCCAGGGUCUUUUCAUGCAGCUUAAUACUUGCUCUACAAAAGACGGCGUUCCAGGGCUUGUCGGAGGAGCAUUGUGUACGGUGAAAGAGGUCAUCUUGCAGCUCGUUACCUCGAAAAAGGCCCUGAAUGCAUUCUCUUGGCACCUCCAGGACAGGACAGAAAGAUUAUUUUACUAUGGAUCUCCAUUUAUGACGGAAAGGCACCAAGCCAGUUUCGAAGUGUGGCAUUCUAGUCAAGAACCACUACAGCUAUUUUUACUACCGUUCGACGACCGGAUGAAACAAGAAAGGGAGUACCGCGUCUUCUGCCCACCGGCCUGGAGGUCUUCCAAGUAUACCCCGAAGAUAACAGCAAUUAGUCAACGCAAAUGGGACGAACCAUGGCUUCUCGCAAACAUGCCUCUGCCGGAUAUGAAGCAAUGGGCAUCUAAGAUCCUCGCGAUGUGCGAUGAGAUCCGGGAAAGAAUACUGAAAGAACUCGAUCACGAUAACAUGAUGGAUUUGUGCAUGCUCUAGCAGGGUUUUACAUUUGAUGUCUUCAUUGACGAGGAAUUGAGGAACAGCAAGAUCGUCAAAUUAAACGCGUUUGGUAUGAGAUCUAAGUGUGGUUCUUGUCUGUUCGAAUGGAGAAAGGACCAAGGCAUCUUGUAUGGUGAGGGUGAAGAGGGGAAAGCAUUCAGGGUUACGUGGUAAUCCGCGUCGGAGGCUGCUACGCGUGAGAUAACCACGCGCAUGACUUCUACUUACGGAAACAGAAUGUACGUAUUCACUUGAGUUUUGUAGCUGAUACAAACGUCUGCUUGGAUCUGCUAUAAUUCGUGCUUCUAUACACGGUAACUUCACUGCGAACUAGGUAUUACCUUCUAGUUACAUAUUCCCAAGUCUACCAGCAUACACUACUAGACGUACGGCUUUCAUUACUAGAAGGAGGGAACACCUUUUUGGUCGAGAACUUACCUGACGAGACCCAAACCGACCAUGGGGGUUCGCGAUAAAAUUUAUACAAUUAUACGUUAUCCAAUCUAUCUACGAUGUGGUAAGGAUAGCUACCUAGGUUCCUAGGUGGUCUAUUUCUGAACCAUACCCUUCUCUAAUUCAUCUUUCUCGUCAGCUGUCAAC